UCUUGCAGCCACAUCUCGGGGAUGCUCCGAGCUCCUGUGGGGAGAUGGGCUGGGAUUGUCCCUCUGAUCCCUGGAAAUCCCUCAGAAAUCCCCCAGGAACCAUCCCGGAGGGCUCAGGGUGGGGACCCCGGGACAGGGAGGCUCGGGUUGAGUUUUCCAGGGAUUUGGAGCAGCGGGAUCGAUGCCGGGAGAGCCGGGGAUGGGAAUUUGAGCUGCGGGUUCAUCCCGGGAUGAGCUCCUGGAGCUCGGGAUGAGCCCAAAGGGGCCCCAGGGGCUCUGGCCCAGCUCGAGACAGGUUUUGAUGUCCUGGGACAAAUCUGCCUGACCUCACCUGCCCCAAAACCCCAAAUUCUGCCCCUGGAACCUUUCCCACUCCUCCAACCCCAAACCCUUGGCCCAGAGGAGUUUUUUGGGGCAGUUUCACAUCCCCACAGCUCCCUGGUGUCCCCAAUGUCCCCCGGAGCUCUUUUCUCAUCACCACAAACUCUCCCUAAGGCUUCAUCCCAAAUUUAUUUUCUCCCUGCUGGCAGUGACCAAGCAGUGACCAAAAUUUCAGUUCCUCUUUCCUGUUUAAUCCCUUUUUUUUUCCCAUCUCUCCCGCUUUGGAAGCCACUCCCAGCCUGGCUGUGGCAUUAUUUGGCUCCAGGUUUUGUCUGUAAAUAAACCCUAAAUUUCUGAUUAUAUAUUUUUAGAGAAGAAACACCCAGUGUGUGGUUCCAGGCCUCACCAAAAAAAAAAAAAAAAAAAAAGGGAUUUUUCCAAAAUUUCAUCCCUGGCUCCGUUUCCCUGCGCCAGGUGCCGCCGCAGCCGUGGUUUGGAUUUUAAUUCCAGCAGAGUCAUGGAUCGUGUUUGUUCCCAAAAUAGUUGGGAGCCGGGCUCCGGUCCAGCCAAAUCCCCCACAAAUCACCUUCAGCCGCAAAACUCUUCCUGCUGCUGCUGACAAAUCACGGGAAUCCUCCCGGGCCCGGCUAAGCCCAGCUGCAAUUCCCAGGACGAUAUUCCCGAAUUUCCAGCGGUUUUUUGGACACCAGGGGUCGGCAGAAUUCCGGCUUUGGUGUCAUCCAGGAGGAUUCCCUGCAUCCAGAGGAACACCCCAAACCAAUUAGGGUGGAAGAAAAUCGGGGGGGAUUUGGAGCAGCGCCGCUGUUCCCAAGGUUUUUUGUUGUUUUUUUUUUUUUUUGGUAUUCCCGUUUUGUUGUUGUUGUUGUUCCCAUUUUUUUUCUGCUCCAGUAGUUUUUUGCUCUUCCUGGAGUCUUUUGCUCCACCCGGAGUUUUUUGCUCUUCCCGAUUUUUUUGCUAAUCCCAGUUUCUUUUUGCUAUUCCCUUUUUUUUUUUUUUUUUUUUUUUUGCUCCUCAAGGGUAUUUUUGCUGUUCCCAUUUGUUUUUUUUUUUUUUUCCCUGCUGUUCCUCCUCUGCCCUCACUGAGGAUUAGGAGAGAUCAGAGUCUUUAAGCAGCCUCUGCUCUCCUUUAAUUCCUCCACCCUCAACCAGAAGCUCUUGAACUGCUGGGAAUAUCCAGGGAAAAGCCCCCAGGAUUGACCAAAUUCCCUCUUUUCUGUGCUCUGCAGCCCUCAGCCCCGGGGAUGGUGCCAGCAUGAGGAGGUGCUGCCAGGGCGUGGGGCUGCCAUGCCUGUUUAAGGGUGUGGGAAUGGCCGGAGCGCGGCCGCCCCGGUUCCUGCUGGUGUUUGACUUUGACGAGACCAUCGUGGACGAGAACAGCGACGACUCCGUGGUGCGGGGCCGGGCGCUGCCGGAGCCGCUGCGGGAGAGCCCCCGGGGCGGCUCCUACAACGAGCACAUGCAGCGAGUGCUGACCUUCCUGGGCGAGCAGGGCGUGCGCCCCGCCGACUUCAGGGCCGUCUACGAGAACAUCCCCCUGUCCCCCGGCAUGGCCGAGCUCUUCCAGUUCCUCUCCAAGCACCACGAGCUCUUCGAGCUGGUGCUCAUCUCCGACGCCAACGUGUUCGGCAUCGAGGCCAAGCUGCGGGCGGCCGGCGUGCACUCCCUGUUCCGCAAGAUCUUCAGCAACCCGGCCAGCUUCGACCGCCGCGGCUUCCUCACGCUGGGGCCCUACCACAGCCACAAGUGCCCGCAGUGCCCGGCCAACAUGUGCAAGAGGAAGAUCCUCAGCGAGUACCUGGAGGAGCGGGCGCGCGAGGACGCGGAGUUCCGGCGCGUCUUCUACGUGGGGGACGGAGCCAACGAUUUCUGUCCCUCGGGGAUUCUGACGGCGUCGGACGUGGUUUUCCCCAGGAAGGGUUACCCCAUGCACAGGCUGAUCCAGGAGAGCCACGAGAAUCAGCCUGGAGCUUUCCAGGCCGCCGUGGUGCCCUGGGAGUCGGCCACGGAGGUGGCGCGGUACCUGCAGGAGCUGCUCAGGAGGAAAUGCUGAGGGAUUUGGGAUUCGGCUCGGGGGCGUCACGGCUCCCUGCUCAGCGCUGCUCGCUUGGCCUCGAUCCUGGGAUGUUCUCCUGCCUUUCCCAGCUCUGCUCUCCCGUGAAUAAAGAAAGCACUUUCUGCAGGCCCUGCUGAGCCACGGGGUCACCGAGCUGCAGCCACGGCCGGACCCCGCAGGAACAGCCGGACCCUGCAGGAACAGCCGGACCCUGCAGGUACAGCCGGACCCUGCAGGAACAGCCGGACCCCGCAGGAACAGCCGGACCCCGCAGGAACAGCCGGACCCUGCAGGAACAGCCGGACCCUGCAG